AUGUCAGACACUUCAUCUGAAACAAAAUCCAUUAAUGUUAUAGAUGAUAAAGGAGAAGAAAAUACAACUUAUGAUAAAUUAUCAUGGACACGUACACUAUUCCUUAUUUUAGUUUCAAUUAUUUUGACAACUCUCACUAAUUUACCAUCUGGCUCAAGUCAUACUACCAUCAACACUGGAGCUACUCUUAUUGAUGAAUAUAUGAAUGAUUCAUAUACAAGUCGUGGAAAUGAUUUAUCACCUGGACAAAUAUCUUUACUUCGUAGUGGAUUAAGCAGCAGCUGGUAUGUUGGCCAAAUCAUUGGCACAAUUAUAGCCCCUAUUAUAAUGAAUAAAUUAGGAAGAAAACCAGCAUACUUGAUCUCAAUUUUUUGUAUGACUGCUGCCUGUACUCUUCAAUGGCUUUCAACACAUCUACCAUAUCCUGAAAUUUUUUUUGCUGGAAGAAUUAUUGGAGCUGUUUUUUCACCAUUAGCUGAUGCAGCACUUAUUAUUUAUACCCGUGAAAUAGCUCCACCAUCACUUGCUGGUGCUCUUGGAUCAAUGAUGAAUCCUGGUUUUUCUGCUUGUGCAUUAGUUGGAGCUCUUCUUAGUACCAAACAUAUUCUUGGAGAUUCUCUUAAGAAAAUGUUAUUUGUUCCAAUUAUGCCUGGAAUUAUUGGAAUGUUAUUCCUUUUUUGGAUACCAGAAACUCCAAAAUUUUUAUAUUUGUCACAAAAUAAUGAAAAAAAAGCAAGAAAAGCAUUAAAAUUUUAUAUGGGUAAAGAAACAAAUGUUGAUGGGAUAAUUGAAAGAUAUGAAAUUGAAAAACUUCAAGAAAUGAAUAAAGAAUCUGGUAAAUUUACAGAUAUAUUCUUUAUUUCACAUGUUAGAAAAGCAACAUUAUUAUGUUUAACAGUUUUUAUGUUAACAUUACCAUUUUAUCCAUUUCUAUCCUACUCAACACACUUUCUUGAUAAAUUAAAUUUUGAUCAUUCAAUUUCUCAAUAUCUUUCUACUAUUGUUAUGAUAUUACUUACAGUUACUGCUAUAGUUUCACCAGCUGCAAUUAAUAAAUUUAGUAGAAGAGGAAUGACAUUAGGUGUUGGAAUAUUUGGAUAUAUUUGCAUUACUUUAUUUAGUAUUUGUGGAUUUUUUAAUUAUAUCAAUGAGUACAUGAAAUAUUUUUCUUUUACUUUUAUGAUUGGUUAUAUGGUUUCACAUGGUCUUGCUAUUGGAUCAAUUGCUUGGUUUAUUGGUACUGAAUUAGUUUCUCAUGAAUAUUCAUCAAUUGUUCUUUGUUUCUGUAUUGGUAUUCAAAGUUUUAUGAUUGCUGCUACCAAUUUUGCAACAAUGCCAUUUUAUGAUUUAUUUGGACCACUUUCAUUGAUACCACUUUUUGUUAUACCAUCAAUAAUUUUCUUUGCAAUUGUUUAUUACCAUCUUCCAGAAACAAAAGAUGCACCAAUUGCUGAUGUAAUUCUUCAAUUAAAGAAUGGAAUUCGUGGAAAAACAAAUAUCUUUCCACUUACAGUACCACUUAUUUUAGGAGAAAAUUUGGUUAAAAAAGCAGAAGCUGUUGGUGGAGAAAUUAGACCAGCUACACCAAUUGAAAUGGAGUCCGCUGCAACAUCAACAGUUACUUCUACAACUUCCUCCAUCCUUCCUAUUGGUUGCGAUGUUGUUUAA